GGAGAUUAAACAAGUAAUCCUUGCAUACAGAGACAGAGAGAGGGAGAGAAAAAGGGAAGAACGUGGUCGAGAUCCGGCGAGCGACGUCGGGUUUCGCCCAUUCUUUAUUCAGAUCCCCCCAGCCAUAUUGCUUCUAGGAACCCUUCUUUCCCGACGAAAAACAAAACAUGAAGGGGUCGUGCACUCUCGUGGCGUCGAUGCUCGCCGCUUCCACCGUUGCUCUUCGCUCUUCUUCUUCUUCCGGAGAUCCUGACCCUACCUUUGUUUAUCCUUCCUCCAAUGAGGGGCUAUCCUCUUCUUCAUCUGCGUUUUCGGGGAAACAGCGUGCACCAAAUUCGCAUCUUUCGUCAAAUAAGGAGCAAUUCGCCCCGAGAUUCGACGGCCUAAGAUUCAUCGAGACCUUGGUCACUGCCCACAGAUGAGCUGGCCUUAUAAGCCGUGCCUUCUCUUUCUGCAUAUGGAUUUACUAUUCCCAUUGGCUUCGUGAUAUGUAAUUGGAGAGCAACCAAUUUCUUUCUCGGCUCGUUUUCGCAUUUGUCUUUCUUGGGGGGUUAGGGAGGGGUUGGGUAAUUGACAGUUUGAUAUGCUUACUUCAACCCCAAAAAUGGUAUUCUGGUCCCAAUUUUUGUCAAUCUCUUUGAUUCGUAAUUUAAUUGACAUUUGAACCUUAUAUUAAAAUUUAUUAUAUGACCAAUAUCUGUACUUGAAGGCAA